CAUCCAGCAAGAUCACAAUGCUUCACGAUUCCGCUUGCAAUUGCACCCUCCGCUUUCACCCUAUCUCAUCUAUUCUUGCGCCGUCUGUUGUGCUGUGACAAAGCGCACAAUUACAGCAGCAUUGGAAGCUAGACGCGACUUUUAAGCCCCCAUCGCGAGGUCUCAUAUUGCAGUUUGCGCCCGCAAUUCCGCCUGUUUCACCCCGUUUGCCAUUGCUUCGACUCCUGCGGGUACUCGCAGACUCGAUAGUACCAUUCUUCGAAAUUUCCCGCGCAUAGACCGCAAUGCCGCCGAAAGGACAAGCCAGGCGCAAUCUCGCGCGCCCGACGCGCGGAGGAGGAGCUGCGGGACGAGGAGGACGCAAGAGCGCAGGCGGCAGGAGAUCAUCGGGAAUGCGCCUCGGACAGCCUGGACCAGCGCCCGAGCGAGCGAAGAGGCGAUACAGGCCUGGGACCGUUGCGCUGAAGGAGAUUCGACGGUAUCAGAAGUCAACCGAGCUGCUCAUUCUCAAGGCGCCGUUCCAGAGACUGGUACGAGAAAUCGCCCAGGGAGUAACGACCCAGGACGGACCCGACAGAUGGCAAAGUCAAGCUAUCCAGGCGCUGCAGGAGGCUACCGAAGCUUUCCUCGUCAGCCUCUUCCACGACGCCAACCUCUGCGCCAUCCAUGCGAAGCGCGUCACCAUCCAGCAGAAGGAUAUACAGCUUGCGCGGCGACUGCGCGCGGCCUGGGGAGCUCCCAUUUGAAGAGGGGCCAUUCCUCGCGAAGGAGACCAAUUGCGCAUAUACCUUUCGAUUCUGCUGAGGGCUUAGGGGUGGCGGACAGUUAGUGAGGCACCAAUUGCUAUUUGAAAGGCAUGGCGGCCACUGUUGAAACACCUAGGUGUGGAAUAAGCCACGAAUUGGGUGGUUCUGUCGGCGUUCUGAGGCGUGUGAGGCUCGAGGUGUUGACGGCGGUCCUGGAUUGCUCCUUGAAUGUUUUUGGCGUCAUUUGUAUACCAAUUAGUACGCCGUCUGGCAUUAUUCUUGCCCUCGAGAACAAUUGAAACCCGACUAAUUCUUCAUCC